AUGUCCUCUACCAGGGUACUCCUGUCAACGAGAGGAUUUAAUCCUUCCAGAGUGCAGCAAAUCACUUCGAUCCUAGCAAGAGCUGCUGCAUGUUCAAGUGCUUCUGCUGGUAGAACUAGUUCUUCCACAUUUGCCAAGAAGAAAGUUGGGUAUUCCAAACGUUAUGUGUCUUCUGUGAGCGGAGUUGGAUCUACUGGUACGAGAUCUACUGUUAUUCAACUAUUGAACAAUAUCAGUAGUAAGAGAGAAGUUGAACAGUAUUUGAAGUAUUUUACGUCCGUCAAUCAACAACAAUUCGCUGUCAUCAAGGUUGGCGGUGCCAUUAUCAGUGACAAUUUGCAAGAAUUGGCUUCAUGUUUAGCAUUUCUGUACCAUGUGGGCCUUUAUCCAAUUGUCUUGCAUGGUACUGGUCCACAAGUCAAUGGUAGAUUAGAAGCCGAAGGAAUUGAGCCAGAUUACAUUGACGGUAUUAGAAUUACCGAUGAACACACCAUGACCGUUGUCAGAAAAUGCUUCCUUGAACAAAACUUGAAGCUUGUCACGGCUCUUGAACAGCUCGGUGUGCGUGCAAGACCAAUAACUUCUGGUGUCUUCACUGCUGACUAUCUGGACAAGGACAAGUAUCAAUUGGUCGGAGAUAUCACCGGUGUGACCAAGGAUGCCAUCGAGGCCUCUAUCAAGGCUGGUGCUUUGCCAAUUUUAACUUCUCUAGCAGAGACUCCGUCUGGUCAAAUGUUGAAUGUGAAUGCUGAUGUCGCCGCCGGUGAAUUGGCUCGUGUCUUUGAACCUCUGAAGAUCGUCUAUCUAAACGAGAAAGGUGGUAUCAUUAACGGUGAUACGGGCGAGAAAGUCUCCAUGAUCAACUUGGAUGAAGAAUAUGAAGGUCUGAUGCAACAAGCCUGGGUAAAGUACGGUACUAAGUUGAAGAUUAGAGAGAUCAAGGAAUUAUUGGACUUUUUGCCUCGCUCUUCAUCCGUUGCAAUCAUCAAUGUGCAGGACCUACAAAAGGAGUUGUUCACCGACUCUGGUGCUGGAACCAUGAUUAGAAGAGGUUAUAAAUUGAGCAAGAGAACUGCCCUUUCAGAAUUCCCCUCGGCUGACACUUUGAGACAAGUUCUACAACGUGAUUCCGAUAUUGCCCAGAGGAAGCAAACCGUUGCAUCUUAUCUAAGAGGGCUCGAGCAGAGUGAUUUUGUCAUCUACUCGGAUGAGCCACUAGAUGCACUGGCCGUAAUUAAAAAGGAAUCUGUUGUGCCAUCCUUGGACAAAUUUAUCUGUACAACUUCUGCUUGGUUAAACAACGUCACUGACAAUGUCUUUAGUGCUAUUCGUCGUGACCUGCCUUCUCUGCAAUGGAUUGUCAAUGAAGAUGACGCUAACAUCGCUUGGCAUUUCGACAAGUCCCAAGGUUCCUACUUGAAGAAUGGUAAGGUGCUGUUUUGGUACGGAAUUGAGGACCUGAACACUGUCUCUCAAUUGAUCGAUGAUUUUGUCAAGAAAGCUUCUGGUGGUUCAGGUUCAGCGGUUAAAUCCGGUGCCUUCUCCGGUCAGUCCAAGAGAUCUUACUCCACCAGAUCGACUCCUAAACCGGAAGGAACAAGUAAAAGCCCUGGACGUGUCGCUUUGAUUGGUGCCAGAGGUUACACUGGUAAAAAUUUGAUUUCCCUAAUUGAUAACCAUCCUCAUUUGGAAGUUGCACAUGUCUCUUCUCGUGAAUUGAAAGGCCAAAAACUGGACUAUUACAACAAAGCCAACUUGGUGUAUGAAGCUUUACAAAUCGAUGACAUCAAAAACCUAGAGUCCCAAGGUGAUGUCGAUUUCUGGGUUAUGGCAUUGCCAAACAAAGUCUGCGAACCAUUCGUUGAAGCCAUCGAAAGUGUUCACGGUAAAUCAAAAAUCGUCGAUCUUUCUGCCGACCACAGAUUUGUUCCUGAAGCUGAAUGGGCUUACGGUCUUCCCGAACUAAAUGACAGAAAUAAGAUCGCUGCUGCUAAGAAAAUCGCAAACCCAGGUUGUUAUGCUACUGGUUCUCAAGUCGCUCUUGCUCCUUUGAGCCAAUACAUCACUGGACUACCCACCGUUUUCGGUGUAUCUGGUUACUCAGGAGCCGGUACUAAGCCAUCACCAAAGAAUGAUCCAUCAUUCUUGAGUGAUAAUUUAAUCCCAUACGCCUUAACCAACCAUAUUCAUGAACGUGAAAUCUCCACUCGUUUAGGCCACGAGGUCGCUUUUGUUCCCCACGUCGGUCAAUGGUUUCAAGGUAUCUCCUUGACCGUUUCUGUCCCUAUCAAACAAGGCUCCUUGACCUCUGAAGACGUCAGUGCUCUAUACAAGAAAUUCUACAAAGGGGAGAGAUUGAUUCACAUCGCAGACGAUAUCCCACUAGUCAAAGACAUUAGCGGCACCCACGGUGUUGUUGUCGGUGGUUUUAAAGUCAAUGAAUCCAAAGACCGUGUAGUUCUAUGUGCUACAAUUGAUAACCUAUUGAAAGGUGCGGCCACUCAGUGUUUGCAAAACAUUAACCUGGCUCUCAAUUACGGUGAAUACGAUGGUAUUCCAAAAAACAAGAUCAUUGGAUUGUAA